GAAUACAAGUACGCGUACUCUGUGCACGACCACCACACUGGUGACGUGAAGUCCCAGCACGAGCUCCGUCACGGUGACGUCGUCAAGGGUGGGUAUGAGCUCGUCGAGCUCAUCGAGCCUGACGGCAGGUUCAGGAAGGUCGAGUACAAGGCUGACGACCACACUGGAUUCAACGCCAUCGUGCACCACUCCUCGCCUCAUCAUCAUAUUCAUCUUGCCCAACAUCAUCACCACCUCUAAACUAAGAAGAUCCAUCUCCAAUAAGACUGAUUCACACCAACCAAUUCUCAUUUUUGUAAAUAAAGAUAACAUGCAAAA